AAUAGUUAUAAUUCUAAUUUUAUGAACAAUAAUUUAUUAGAACCACUGCCAUCAAAUAAUUCAGAUACAACUGUUACUUAUGUUGAUUAUGCUGAGAGUACAAAUGAUAAUACGAUAUACAGACAACAACCUCCCAGGAGGCAGAAGAAUAACAUUGUGCUGUCCCAAACCAACCUUGAAAAGGAAGAUAUUUCACGUUUAGAAUCACAGGAAUUACAGAAUCAAAAGCGUUGGUUCUCUUUCUUAUUCUCCAGAAAAGUCGAUCCAAUUCCCUUGGACUCUGAACGAGAACUUUAUAAAUUUGAUUCUUCUAAUGUUAUUUAUAAAUUAUUUUUCUGGUGGUUAUGGCCAAUACUUCUUCGGGGUUAUAAGAGAACUUUGCAACCAAAUGAUCUUUGGAAGUUAACUCCUGAAUUAAAAGUAGAAUAUAUGCAUGAAAAAUGGUCGGAACAUUUAAAUAAGAUCCUUGAUAAAAGUAAAAAGAAACAUUUAAAAAAGUAUCAUAAUCUUGAUGAUUACAAAUGGCCAGUAUGGGCUGUUCCUUAUGCAUUAUAUCUUACAUUCUGUUGGCUGUAUACUUUAAGUACAAUUUUAUUGGCACUUUCCUUUGUUGUUCAAGCCUUAUCUCCAUUGAUUACCAGAAGAUUGAUUGAUUUCAUCGAAUACAGAUACUUUGGAUUAGAAAAGUCGUUAAAGAAAGGUAUUGCAUACACAAUUUCUUCAGUAGUUUUGAUUUAUAUUAAUGGUUUAUUAAUGAAUCAUUUCUUUCAUACUGCUAUGACUUGUGGGGCUCAAUGUAAAGCAAUUUUAACUAAAGCACUUUUGUUAAAAUCAUUUGACUUAAGUGCAAAAUCAAGAUAUUUGUUCCCAAUUGGUAGAGUUACUUCUUUGAUGUCUACAGAUUUAGCAAGAAUUGAUUUAGCUAUUGGAUUCCAACCUUUAGUUAUUUGUUUCCCAAUCCCUGUUAUAAUUGCAAUUGUUUUAUUGUUGACCAAUAUUGGUAUUUCUUCAUUAGCUGGUAUUGGAUUAUUUGUUGUUUCUUUACUUUUCUGUGUUUGGUUGACAAAGAAAUUGUUCAUGACAAGAGAAAAGGUUGUGAAGUAUACAGAUCAAAGAAUCAGUCUUAUGAGAGAAGCAUUAACCAAUUUAAAGGUUAUUAAAUUCUAUGCUUGGGAAAUGGCUUAUAGAAUGAACAUCACAAAAAUUAGAGAAAAGGAAAUGAAGUACCUUUUCACAAUAAAGGUAUUAAGAAAUUUCAUUACUGCUUAUGCUGUUACUUUACCUACUUUGACAUCAAUGAUUUCAUUUGUGACGAUGUGGGCCACAAACAGUAUGAAAUCUCCAGGUCAAGUAUUUAGUUCAUUAUCCUUAUUUGGUAUUUUGGCUCAAGCUAUUAUGUUAUUGCCAAUUGCCUUAGCCACUGGUGCGGAUGCUUUGAUUGGGUUUGGAAGAUGCAAAGACUAUCUUAGUGCUGAAGAAUUGAAUGAUGAAUUGAACAACAAGUUAGAUGAGCCUUAUAUUAACAAUAGAUUUUUUAUCGGUCCAGAUCGUUCAUCAGAAGGGUUUGAAUUUAGACAUUCUAGAACUAUGAAUCGUGAAGAUUCAGAAAAUAGCAAUUUAAGCAAUGGAAAUUAUGAUGAUGACAUGUAUGAUUCAGAAGAUGAGGACUCAGUCAUUGAAAUUAAGAAUGCCAACUUUGUUUGGGAAUCUUUCCAUGAUGAUAUGAAUGAUAGUUUAUGGGACUUGACCAAAGAAGAUAAGAAAAGAUCCCAAAAGAGACGUGAAAGAAAGAUUGCUAAAAAGAGAGCACAACAAGCUGCUGGCGGUUAUAUAUCUGUGCAUAAUGAGAAACAAGAAGAUCCUCAAGAGAAUAAUAGAUACACAAAAGAAUCAUACCUUCAAUCCAUUGAAUCAAUUGACUCAAACAUAAAUGAACAAUUUCCUGGUUUAAUGAAUAUUAAUCUUUCUAUCAAACGAAAUGAAUUUAUUAUAGUUACUGGUGCCAUUGGUACAGGUAAGACAUCUCUUUUAAAUGCUAUUGCUGGAUUUAUGAAAUUAGAUAAUCCUUCUAAUGGUAAAGUUAAGGUAUAUGAUGAAUUAAUUUUCUGUUCAGCUCCAUGGGUGCAAAAUGCAACAGUUCGUGAAAAUAUUUUAUUUGGAAAAAGAUAUAACCAUGAUAAGUAUAUGCAAGUAAUUGAUGCUUGCGCUUUAGAAGAUGAUAUUGCUUUACUUCCUGCUGGUGACAACACUGAAAUUGGGGAACGUGGAGUUACCUUAUCUGGUGGUCAAAAAGCCAGAAUAAACUUGGCAAGAGCUUGUUAUACUGAUGCUGAUGUUUUACUAUUCGAUGAUGUUAUCAGUGCUGUUGACUCAAGAGUAGCCCAACAUAUUGUUAAUCGUUUGUUCAGAGGAUUAUUAAGAAACAAAACAAUUAUUUUAGCAACUCAUCAAUUAGGAAUUCUUGAAGUUGCAGAUAGAAUUGUUUUCUUAAAUGGUGAUGGAACUAUAGAUGUUGGUAAAGUUGAUGAAUUAAUGUGCAGAAAUGAAAACUUUCAAAGAUUAAUUGAUUAUACUCAAGAAAGAGAAUCUGAAUCCAAUAAUGCUAGUGAAUAUGAAUUGAAUGUUUCCAACAACAAGGAAGGUGAUGCUAUUGCCAUAUCCACCCAACUUUCGGCAUCAAAUAAGAAAGAUCUUGCAACUGGUAGAACUAUGACUGAAGAAGAAAGAGCAAUCAAUGCAAUUUCAUGGGAUGUGUAUAAGAAAUAUGUCAAGUUAGGUUCUGGAAUUUUCGGGUGGACUGCUUUACCUUUAUUCAUUUUCUUUUUGGCAUUAUCUACAUUCUUUCAAUUAUUCACUAAUACGUGGUUAUCAUUCUGGAUGGAAAAGAAAUUCAAAGGUAAGUCUGAUAAUUUCUAUGUUGGAUGGUAUGUAGGAUUUGCAUUCUUAGCCGUGAUUGUUACUGCUAUUCAAUUCACUAUUAUGGCAUAUAUCAAUAAUAGGGCCGCUGAAGUAUUGAAUGUUAAAGCUGUUGGAAAGGUUUUACAUGCACCAAUGAGUUAUAUGGAUACCACUCCUAUUGGAAGAAUUUUGAAUAGAUUCACUAAAGAUACUGACUCUUUAGAUAAUGAAAUUGGAGAACAAAUGAGAUUAUUUGUAUUCCCCUUUGCAGCAAUUAUUGGUAUUAUUAUCUUAUGUAUUUGUUAUUUACCAUGGUUUGCCAUUGCAGUUCCAUUUUUGGGUGGUGCCUUUACAUUCUUGGCUAAUUUCUAUCAAGGUUCUUCUCGUGAACUUAAAAGAUUAGAAGCAAUACAACGUUCAUUAGUUUAUAAUAACUUUAAUGAAACUUUGACAGGUAUGGCAACCAUUAAAUCAUUCAAAGCUGAAAAGAAUUUCAUUGAAAGGAAUGACUAUUACCUUAAUAGAAUGAAUGAAGCCUACUACUUAGCCAUUGCAACUCAAAGAUGGUUAUGUAUUCAUUUAGAUAUGAUUGCUUGUAUGUUUGCAUUGAUCAUUGGUAUGUUAUGUAUAACAGAACAAUUCGAUAUCAGUCCAUCUUCUACUGGUUUAUUAUUGAAUUAUGUUAUUCAAAUUGUUGGAUUAUUAGCUUUAACAAUUAGAUCCAUGACUCAAGUCGAAAAUGAAAUGAAUUCAGUGGAAAGAUUACAUGAAUAUGCUUUCAAUUUACCUCAAGAAGCUGCCUAUAUGAAAGCAGAAACUUCACCUCCACCUGAAUGGCCACCUUCAGGAUAUAUUGAAUUUAAAGAUGUAUCAUUAAGAUAUAGACCUACUUUACCAUUAGUUUUAAAGGAUAUGAAUUUGAAUAUAUAUCCCGGUGAAAAAGUUGGUAUUUGUGGUAGAACUGGUGCUGGUAAAUCAUCAAUCAUGACUGCUUUAUACAGAUUAACAGAAUUAGAAAAGGGUUCUAUAAGCAUUGAUGGUAUUGACAUUGCCAAUUUAGGAUUAUGUGACUUAAGAUCAAAGCUUUCAAUUAUUCCACAAGAUCCUGUUUUAUUCCAAGGUACUCUUCGUAAAAACUUGGAUCCAUUUGAAUCAUAUGGUGACAAAGUUUUAUUGGAUGCCUUAAGAAGAUCUGGAUUAUUGGAUGAGCAAUCCAUGGAAAUUGUUAGAAGAACCAAAUAUGAUCCUAAGAAUGAAGUAGGAUAUGAUGAUUUGCACAAGUUCCAUCUUGAUCAACUUGUUGACGAUGAUGGGGUCAAUUUUUCAUUAGGUGAAAGACAAUUAAUUGCUUUAGCCAGAUCAUUAGUUCGUAACUCCAAGAUUUUGAUUUUAGAUGAAGCUACUUCUUCGGUUGAUUUUGAAACCGACUCUAGAAUUCAAGAAACAAUUUCCAAAGAAUUUAGAAAUUGUACUGUCCUUUGUAUUGCUCACAGAUUGAAGACUAUCUUACAUUACGAUAGAAUUAUUGUUAUGGAUAAGGGUAAAAUUGUUGAAAAAGGUGAUCCAAUGCAAUUAUACCAAAGCAAUGGUACCUUCAAACAAAUGUGUGAUAAAGCAAACAUCAAAGUUGACGAUUUCGUUUGAUUUAAUUCCCCUUCAUAAAUAUUUAAAAGUUUCGAUUUUAUAUUUAUUUGAUACCAAUUUUUAAAA